AUGCCAUUGCUUUGGGAAGAUCCAUUCUCAAUCCCCAUAAGUAAUAAAUCAUGUGUUCACUUUCUUGACGUUUAUUUCUCAUAUUUGAGCGAGACCGACAAAAACUUAUUAAAAGAAUAUGGAAUUGAGAGAAUAAAUUCGUUGAAAUUAAAACCACCACCUUUGUUUAAUUAUCCGAGUUUUAUCAAGAUUCUAAAUACUUCCCUAAUGGAAUUGCACAUCAUGGUUUGGAUCGAUAAUUUUACAAAGCUAUAUAAAGAGAGUGAUGAGUUAUUUGAUGAUGAAAUUCAGGUUUCCGAAUAUAUCAGCAGAUGUAAGAUCAAGUACCCAUUGACUGAAUACAAGGAAAUAAAUGCCUCGAAAACGGAUACACUUCGACAAAUCCUCUUAAACAGGGCAAGGUUUAUUCCGAAUUUAUCACAGAAAAUAAAAUACAUGUAUUUUUUAAUAUUUAAAACACUUAUUGAGAAUGAUUCUUCUUUAUGUGAAUUACAUCUAAAGAAUCAUUUCAGUUCCUCAAAUCCAUUCGCAAAUUAUAUUUAUGAAUUGAUCUUAAAUAGGCCAAAAUUCAUUUCAGAAAUUAAGGAUUUUCUCAUAUUGGAAUCGGGAUCAAGUGGUGUAUGUUCAGAAGCUAAGGACUUUCUCGUAUUGGAAUCGGGUUCGAAAAGUAAAUGUUCUAGCGUAUUUCUUCAACAAUGUAUGUCCCUUCAAAAUUUUUUAUCUUCAUUGUCAUUAAUUUGUCAUUCUAUUAAACACUUGAGCCUCAUUUUUUCACAUGAUAUUUAUUCAAAAUUUGUAUUGGAGAUAAAUAAUUUGUUUAAAUCUCAAAACACACUAUCAAAGGUUUCCUUUGAUACCUUUAUUGAUUGUCGAACCUCCUCCAUAACUGAAUCUUUAAGAUAUUGUUCAAACACCUUGACAACAAUUAGCUUUUUCUUCAUCACCUUUAAAAAUGACAUGUUAUUUAAUGAGCUCGAACAUUUAAUACAUAUUAGUUGUUUGGAAUUUCAAUGUUGUGAAAAACCUGAAUUAUUCAUCCAAUCCUUAUUAACCGUCCCUAUACCAUUGAAAAUCAAAACCUUAUUGCUCGAUCAUAAUGAAAUUCAAUCCAUCACUCCUAUACAAUUAUUUCUUCAAAAGAUUUCUUCCUGUUUGGAUAAUUUGGCAAUAAUCUAUCAACCUUAUUUCAUGAAAGAAUACCUGGAAUCUAUCAUCCUUUACUGUGAAAGGAUUGAAUUCUUUCAUUUGGGCGCGAUUGAUUAUAAUAAUUUACCACAAUUAUUUCAAAUAAUUGCUUCAUGUGGUCAACUGAAAUACCUCACCCUUGAAAUCAAGUAUCAUGAAUUUAAUCAAAAGGAAAUAAGAUCAACCAGUUUUGACAUUAGAUACGUUGACCAAAUUGAUGAUUUAAAAGUGAGUUCAAUGAUACUAAGGGAGUUGGGUCAAUUAUUACCUAGUAACUUGAAAUAUUUGGACUUGAGUUUCGUAUUUGACCCAAAGGAUUUGAAGAUUUUCUUUGAUAAUUGCAAGCAUGUCAACCUACGUCAGUUAUUAAUUAGGAACAAUAGUAAAAAUACUUUAAAUUCGACUUUGAGCGUUAUAAAGGAGUUUAUUAGGGAGAAAAGGUUAGAUUAUUUGGCUUAUGCGAUUUGCUUGUAUUAUUCAAAUUCACUUAAUAGUUUGGAAGAGUUGGUUAAAGAGACUGGAAAUUUGGUAACCAUGAAAAAUUACGAUGAUCUGGUUCUAAAGGCUUCAGACAUUGACGGGAUUUAUCGUAAUUGA